AUGCAACAUGAUUCACGCCAUCAGAACCUCGAGUACAUUCCACGAUACAACCAUCAUCAGAAUCAUAAUUUCAGCAAUCAUCAUCAGAAUAAUUAUUCUUAUCAACAACAACCCCCAGUUGAACCAAUGGAUAUCGAUUCAUCUACCAUAUUCCGUAGACCAACGAGACAAGGUUACAACAAGAAUCAGCAACAACCACCACGAAAUCCGCAGCCUCGACAGAAUUAUCAAAAUCCAUUUAAGAAGGAAUAUAAAACAGGACAAACAGUUUAUGUGAAACAAAACCCACGAAAUAAAACAAAUCCACGCUAUUUGAAGAAACCCGUACAAGAGAAUCGUGAGGACACAAUUUUAACAACGGAGGGGAAGAUCGUACACAAGGACAACCUCAGAAACAAUGAUGAUGAUAACGCUAACAUUAAUCCUAGCAACAUCCUUAGCUCAGGAAAUAACCGACUUACAAGAUCGCAAGUACGUGUUAACCGAGACUGA